AUGAAGUCAACCACCAACCUGGCUAUUGCUAGCCUUAUCAGCUUUGUCUAUGGACAUGGCUACUUGACUGUUCCUUUCAGCCGUACCAGACUGGGUGUCGAGGCAGGUAGUCCGAGAUGUCCUUGGCCGUCAUAUUUAGCUUACAUAAAAAAGGCCGGUGUAGAUUCUUGCCCCGAGUGCACAAUUCAAGAGCCUGUGUCCGCCUGGCCCGAUGUCACCGCUGCUACCGUUGGCCGAAGCGGACCCUGCGGCUACAACGCCCGGGUCGGUGUGGACUACAAUCAACCGUCCAACAACUGGGGUAGCUCCCCAAUAGCAACUUACACACCUGGCCAGACGAUCGACGUUCAGUGGUGCGUCGAUAACAACGGCGACCAUGGCGGCAUGUUCAGUUACCGCAUCUGCCAAGAUCAGGACCUGGUAGACAAGUUUAUCACCCCGGGCUAUCUCCCCACCGAGGCCGAGAAGCAGGCCGCUGAAGAUUGCUUCCAACGCGGCACCCUGAAAUGCACCGAUGUUUCGGGUCAAAGCUGUGGUUACAACCCGGACUGUUCCUCGGAAGAAGCUUGCUGGAGGAACGAUUGGUUUACCUGCAACGCGUUCCAAGCGAGCAGCCGCCGCGCAUGCCAGGGCGUCGAUAACGCUAAUUUAGGGUCUUGCUACACCUCUAUCGCGGGUGGCUACACCGUCACCAAAAAGAUCAAGAUCCCCAAUUAUCUCUCAAACCAUACUCUGCUGUCGUUCCGCUGGAACUCGUUCCAGACAGGACAGGUCUACCUCACAUGCGCUGACAUCGCUAUCGGCGGUGGAGGCAGUAGCCCGCCUGUGUCGACGCGCACAAGCACCGCUGUAGCGACGGCGACCAGCGGUGCAUGCACCAUCGCGAGCAACGUGGCCGUGACUUUGAAUGCGAUUGUCAAGACGAACCCGGGCCAGACCAUCAAAGUUGCGGGCUCGAUUGCUGCAUUGGGCAACUGGGACGUGGCGUUGGCUCCAGCACUAUCGGCGGCGCAAUACACAAGCACCAACAAUUUGUGGACUUACACGGUGUCGUUACCGGCGGGCACGGCAUUCCAGUACAAGUUUAUCAACGUGGCGUCAGACGGCAUGGCGACAUGGGAAAGUGACCCAAACAGGUCCUAUACGGUACCGCACAGUUGUUUGACAGCUGUGACUAUCGGCAGCAGUUGGAAAUGA